AAAAUAAAUCCUAUCAGCAGAUACUCAUGUAUGAGUAAUCUAUUCACUGUUGUGACCAGUCUCAUCCGAUGAUCGGCUGUAAUUUAUCGCUUAUGAGAUAAAUUGCUCCAGGAACUAUAACUCCAGUGUCACAAGUUUGAAACCUAAGUUGAGCCUGCACAUCUGUACAGACUGACCAGACUCUAUAUUGUUUGCUAACCAAGUUGGACAAGUCUAUUGAGGUAUGGAUCAUAUUAGCUAAUAAAAAAUAUCUUUUAACUUCCUUGAGAGAUAAAUGCGUUCAACAGGAAGCUGUUUGUAGGUAUAAAGGAUUGAAUGAAGAUAAAAACAAGUAACUUUUGACUACAAAUGAAAUAUAUCUUAAAGGAGAAUUUAAAACACUAUGAAUAGAAUACAUCGGAUAAAUGUUUUUUGAUAGCUUGGUUAUUUUAUUAAGACAUCAUACUUAUUGAAAAUGUGCACAAAGCUUCAUGUGUCAGCAUACACAAGAAACUUACAUAUUUUAUCUUAUAGUCUUAGCGGGAAUUUAGUACCAGGCUUCUACUUCAAACACUUUACAACUAUUUGUUAUACGCCAUAUAAAUAUUUACUAAAACAUGAGAGACUUCAGCUUACAGCUGACAUUCAGAGGUCAAUGAGGUCAUAUAGUGACACCGUUAAUUAUAAUUCAACAAACAAUUCGUCUACAAUAUUCUCGUUAUCAUCUGGCCAUGGUAAAUGUGGUGUGGCAGUUGUAAGGAUUUCAGGACCAUGUGCUUUACAUGCCUUAACAUUGAUUGCGCAAUUGAAGCAUGCUGCAAAACCAAGGGAAGCAACUCUUAAGAAAUUGAUUGAUCCAGAAACAGGAGUAGUUAUUGACAAGGGACUUGUCAUUGCAUUCCCAGGGCCUCAUAGUUUUACUGGAGAAGACUGUGUUGAGUUUCAAGUACAUGGAGGCCCGGCAGUGGUGACAGCUAUACUGUCAGCAUUGCAUAAAAUACCAGGCUGUAGGCAAGCAGAACCAGGGGAAUUUACAAAAAGAGCAUUUAUGAAUGAUAAGAUGGACCUGACCGAGGUGGAGGGUUUAGGAGAUCUGAUACAUGCAGAGACUGAGGCCCAGCAUAGACAAGCCCUCAGACAAAUGGAGGGUGACCUCAGUAAACUGUACAGUAAAUGGAGGGCAGCAUUCAUUAAGUGUGCUGCAGAUCUAGAAGCUUUCAUUGACUUCAGUGAGGAUCAAGAUAUAGAAGAACAUGUUUUAGAACAUGUUAAACACAGUGUACAGUCACUACAAGAUGACAUAAAGAACCAUCUUAAUGAUAAGAGACAAGGUGAAAGAUUGCGUGAAGGUGUACAUGUUGUUAUCAUUGGAGAACCAAAUGUGGGCAAGAGCAGUUUACUCAAUGCUAUUUGUCAGAGGCCGGCAGCUAUAGUAACUGAUAUAGCAGGUACAACUAGAGAUCUUAUAGAAACUCAUAUAAAUAUAGGAGGCUAUCCUGUCUUACUGAGUGAUACUGCUGGACUCAGAGAAACUCAAGAUAUUGUAGAGAUUGAGGGGGUUAAUAGAGCUCUUAAAAGAGCAAAUGAAGCAGAUGUUAAAAUAGUUGUACUUGACGUAUCUAGUCACAAAUUCAACAAUGUUAUGAAUACAGCAGAUUUUUUAUCAAAUUAUUUCGCUAAACUUGGUUUAAAAAGUACAGUAGAGGAAUCAAAUAAUGUUAUUCCAGACUCAGCAUCUAAUAAUUUUGGAAAUAUAGUUCAAGAAAGCUUAUGUGAUAAUAUUGGAAAUGAAUUUAAAGAUUUUUCAAAUACUAUUAUUGUCUUUAACAAAGUUGAUUUAGCUAGAAACCGUAAUUAUUCCGAGGUUUUAAAAGCAUUUAGUACAUGUAAUAGUGAUAAAUUAGGUAAAAGAAAUAAUGUUUGUGAAAAUCUUGAAACUUUUAAAUAUGAUAUUUCUAAUGAUAAACAAUGUGAUAUAAAUAACAACAUUGAUGUUAACCUUGACCUUAGAGAUGAAAGUAAAGGGUCAAGAGAAGGUCAAAUGUCAGCAGCAGUGUGUUUAAUUUCAUGUGUUACUGGAGAGGGGAUGGAUAAUUUCCUGGAUAUUCUAAAAACGAUGGUAGCUGUCAUGUGCGGAAAUCCUCUGAGUGAUCAUCCGAGUUUAACACAAGCUCGGCACCGUUCUCACCUGACCAAGUGUCUCAGCCACCUAGAGCAAUAUCAUAUGAUGUCAGAACACAGAGACGUUGUUCUCGCUUCAGAAGCAUUACGAUGUGCCCUCACAGAAAUUGGAAAAAUUACCGGGAAAAUCUCAUCGGAAGAAAUUCUUGAUGUUAUAUUUAGAGAUUUUUGCAUAGGAAAAUGAAAAACCAAAUGUUUUUACAACAUAUAAGUGCUGGUUGAUCUUUCUUCUUUUUU